UUGAGACCCUUUUCUACUAAAUUGGGUCUAUAUUAUUCAAUCACCAUGACCAUCUCAAUGGCUAUGUGCAUUCCGACACAACCAUUGAAAAAUGUUUCUUUAAGUGGCCAAAAAUUGAACGUGAGGCAGAAAGAGAAGGUAGUGUUGGUGAUGGGAGCCACGGGAACAGGGAAAUCAAGGUUGUCCAUUGAUUUGGCCACAUGUUUUCCAUCAGAAAUCAUAAACUCAGACAAAAUGCAAGUGUAUAAAGGGCUUGACAUAGUCACAAACAAAAUCACCAAGGAAGAACAACGUGGGGUGCCACACCAUUUGUUAGGAACACAGGAUCCUAACUCAGAGUUCACAGCCACUGAUUUCUGUGACAUGGCAUCAAUUGCCAUUGAAUCAAUCGUGGGUCGUGACCACCUUCCUAUAAUCGUGGGAGGCUCCAACUCCUAUGUUGAGGCACUUGUCGAUAGGUUCGGGUCAAGGUACAAUUUGUGUUGUCUUUGGGUGGAUGUGUCAAUUCCUGUUCUUCAUCCCUAUGUAGCAAAACGGGUUGAUCACAUGCUUGAUAGUGGAAUGGUAAAUGAAUUGAGACCCUUUUUCAAUCCCAAUGGGGAUUAUUCAAGGGGUAUAAGAAAAGCAAUUGGUGUGCCAGAAUUUGACUUGUAUUUUCGAAGUGAAGCAUUCUCAAAUGAUGAAACCAGACAGAGGUUACUGCAAGAAGCAAUAAGUGAAGUCAAGAGGAAUACGUGCAAAUUGGCAUGCAAACAACUGGGGAGGAUUCAUGGACUCAUAAAUGUUAAGAGAUGGAAAAUCCAACGUCUUUGUGCCACGCCCGUGUUUCAAAAGCACGGCCAAGAUGCAAAUGAUGCGUGGAAGAAUCUGGUGGCACAACCGAGUGCCAUGAUAGUUGACCAAUUUCUCUACAGUGCUAAUGUUGUUUCUGGCCUUAGAGUACCAGCUUUCUAAGAGUGUUACUAUUACCAUGCAACAACUUCAACCCUGUUAUUUUUACACGAUGGUUUGGUGUACCUGAUAAGAAAAAUAGGACAUGUAAAUUAUCUUAUUUUGCUUUUAACAAUUGUUUGGUAUGUCUUCGGAUAGAAUAAAA